UUUUUUUUUCUUUCCCCUUUGCGAGCGCGCGCGGAUAAUGUCUGAGAAUGUCCAUUUCUGGGACGCUUAGCAGCUAUUACGUGGACUCGAUCAUAAGUCACGAGAGCGAGGACGCGCCUCCGGCCAAGUUCCCUUCCGGUCAGUACGCGAGCCCGCGGCCGCCGGCGCACGCCGAGCACCUGGACUUCCCCUCGUGCAGCUUCCAGCCCAAGGCGCCCGUGUUCGGCGCGUCCUGGGCGCCGCUGAGCCCGCACGCGUCCUCGGGGAGCCUGCCGCCCGUCUACCACCCGUACCUGCAACCCCAGGGCGUCGCCGCGGCCGAGGGCAGGUACCUCCGUACCUGGCUGGAGCCGGCGCCGCGCGGAGACGCUGUCCCCCCGGGCCCCGGGCAGGCGGCCGUGAAGGCGGAGCCGCUGCUCGGCGCGCCCGGGGAGCUGCUCAAACCGGGCACGCCCGACUACAGUUUGGAAACUUCGGCCGGCAGGGAGGCCGUCCUGUCUAAUCAAAGACCCGGCUACGGGGACAAUAAAAUUUGCGAAGGAAGCGAGGACAAAGAGAGGCCGGAUCAAACCAACCCCUCUGCCAACUGGCUGCACGCCCGCUCUUCCCGGAAAAAGCGCUGCCCCUACACCAAAUACCAGACGCUGGAGCUAGAGAAGGAAUUUCUGUUCAAUAUGUACCUCACCAGGGACCGCAGGCACGAAGUGGCCAGACUCCUCAAUCUGAGUGAGAGACAAGUCAAAAUCUGGUUUCAGAACCGGCGGAUGAAAAUGAAGAAAAUGAACAAGGAGCAGGGCAAGGAGUAAAGCGCCCCACCCCCCGCGCCCUUCCCCACCUCGCUGUCACCUUUCUCGGUUAUGUACGGCCUGAGAGGUAGUCCAGUGGGUGGCGAAGGGUGUCUCCUCUUUAUAGUCCUUCAUCUCUACCUGGAGCCUGUCUCCCCUCCUUUACCUGUUCCUGCCCCUCUCUCCUCCUUGGGUACCAGGAGAAGGUUCCCAUUCAGUUAGAAGCUAGCCGUAGUUGAUGCGCCUCGAGGAGAAAGAGACUUUCGUCAAGCUCCCAGCAUCCCCAGAUGCUUUUUGUGGAAAGCCCCAGUCCCUAGGCCCUCAAUUCCAGCCUGCCAAUUCCCUCCCUUCACCUAUCUAGAAGUUACCCAGGGACAGUCCAACUGCACAUAGCCCAGCAGAUGCCCCACAGACUUAAAGUUUGGAGCCCACACUAAAAUGAUGGAAUGGAGUCACACCUUACAAGAAGACGUGUGGUCCAUACCCAGCAAACACUGUGCAUCAAACCACCAGGCAAGCUUGGGUUCUGGCCAGAUGUAAAUGCACAGCAGGAAGAUGUCUAGAAACAGGCUCCUGAAAGUCCCAAGCUCCCAAUAGCAUCCCCAUGGAAUGGUGACCCGAUAUCCCAUGGCAGAGACCUGCAGGUAGAUAAUGUCAGCCCAGUACUUAAGCUCUUGAGUUAGAAAAAGCAAGAAAAGGCAGGGAGUGGUUUAGGAAGGUAUCUUCCCCCCCCCCACCGCGCCCCUAGAAAGGUAUCUUAUGUGGAGCCCCUAGGUCCAUUUUGUUGCAGGAAGUAUUUAAAUCUGCAUGAUAUUUUCCUCUCAUUCCAAGGAAAGGAGGUCAAAUUGGAGGUCAUAGAGCCUUGACCAUGUCAUCCC